AUGGCGAAAGUAAUGCUUGAAAAUAUCAAAGUUGCCACUGAGAAAGUGGUACUUCUUGUAACGUUUUCUGGCUUUUACCUGAGCCCGAGAUUCCCACUGGUUCAGGAGAUAUUCUUGUUCACGAACGGUUUCUUAGGAACAUGCCUGCUCAUGUACUCCUUGCAUUAUUACUGGGGCAGGAUCGAGAAGGCAGGUGCUGUAGCUUACUAUCUGAUUCUGUUUAGCGACGUCUGUUUGAGCUCCUCAGUUGGAUAUUUCAUGAAGAGUAGCGUUUACUCUAUGAUAAAAGGUACAUUUUGGAGUCACGACUACGAAAGCUCCAUCAUCGAUAGUAAAAGGAAUGAAAUGGAAGCUGAAAGAGAGAAGGCUAUUCGGAUGUUAUACUUAGCUUUGGUUUUGGGAAUAUGUUAUAUGAUGUUGGAUGUUGUUGUAUUAGCUUUCGUCGAGACUAGGAUCAACAAAGAUUUAUUCCUUUUGUUUCCAUGUUGGAUCCCGUUCGAUACGAACGAGAUAUCGAUACACAUAACACUCGCAAUAUGGGAAAUCAUACUCGUCUUAAUGGCUGCGUUUUGUAUGUUUGGAGCGAUGGGGAUGAUCUGUCUCUUUUACAGCCACAUUUCGACGGAAUUCAGUCUUCUUGAGUACGCCAUUGGCAAGCUGGGAGCGAGAGCUCGAGAGAUGGCUUCCCAUCAUGAAGGCUUUGAAACUUCGAGAAAGGAAGUUAUGAAGCGCUGUUAUACCAGAUGCCUGGGGAUGUGUGUGGACCAUCAUGCGGAAAUAAUUAGAUAUUUCAGGAGGACAACUAAAUUACUAAAAAUUUGCUACUUUGCAGCUUUUUGUACUGGUGUUGUAAUCUUUAGUUUUGCUGGAUUUUUUGUUAUUUCCGAUAACUAUGCAGUUAAAAUUAAGUUUACCUUAAUAUCAUUGGCUCAGCUGUUUUUCCUGUACAUUAUCAGUUUAAUCGCAGAGAUGAUAAUUGAAAAAAGCAUGACUAUUCGAGAAAGAACGUUUGAUAUAAAUUGGUAUGAGUUGCCUAUGGAAUGUCAAACUAUACUGUUAGUGAUAAGAACAGUGUCAAACAAACCUCUAGAAACAAAACUUCUUUCGGGGCAGACAGUGGACUUGGCGGGAUUUAUGUCUAUGGUAAAGGUUUCAUAUUCCUACAUCAACAUGCUCCUAGCCAUUGCCCGCUGAGGGAAAUUGAAGAUGUGUAUAGAUUUAGGAAAAGAUCUUAGAUUUUAAUGCUUAAUCAAGUUUUAUGCUACAAUAUUAAUAUUUUCUAAAUAAGAAACCUAGUUAUAAACUUUGUAACUAUCAGAUAUUUCGUAAAUAUUUUUUAUAAAGUGUAAAAAUGAAUCAUUUACAUUACAAGUUAACAAUAGGAGGCUCAAAAAUUAAAAAAUAAGUUUUAAAUGAUAUCAAAAGAAAUAUUCUUGAUUUAUAUUAUAGGUUACGCCUAUUCAUCCCUAUUUUCCCAGACUGCUGGUAUUCCUCAAGGUAGUAUCCUAGGUCCUAUACUUUAUACAGUUUAUACAGCUGACAACCCAACCUAUCCCAACACUGUCAUCACCACAUAUGCCGAUGACACAUGUAUCCUAUCAGUAAACAAUGAAUCAUCAUUCGCAUCCCAAAUGCUUCAAUCACACAUCAUAAAUCCUGAAGAAUGGUGACAAAACUGAAGAAUUAAAAUAAAUUCCAAUCCAAAUUCAAAUCCCUUCGUCGUAAACCUAUGAUUUCCUCUCCUACAGUUUUCUUUAACAAUACCCCACUUAUCCCUGUUGAGCAAACCACUACCUAGGACUCCACCUGGACAAACGUCUAACUUGGAAUCCUUAUACCUGACUGAAACAACAAGAAACACCUCGACAUUUCCGAUUACUUCAGCACUUACUAGACAAACGCUCUAAACUGCCAAUUAAUUACAAAAGACUCAUAUACAUGAUUAUAAUACGGCCUAUUUGGACUUACGGAGUUGAGCUAUGGGACUCCACUAAACCAUCGAAUUCCUCUCGUAUUCAAUCCUUACAAUCCAAAAUCCUUCAUAAAAUCCUUAAUGCUCCCUACUUUGUUACAAAUAAAACCAUCCAUAAUGACCUUGAUAUUUCAGAUCUGGCCCAAUCCAGAUACCUAUCCUUCCAUAAUAAACUUCAGAAUCAUCUGAACCCUCUCGUUUCAAACCUUGCUUCCUCCUCGAUCCCUGAUAACCCUCUGAGGCGUCUGAAAAGAAGAUGGCCUCGUGAUCUACUUAUGUAGACAUAUCAUUAGAGUGCUACCAUUGGGUAGUUUCUCAACAAGUGUUUUCACGUCAUUAUAUCCAUAUGUUCAAAUUUACUAAAUUAGUACAGUCAUAAAUAUCAUUAAGAAAAAAAAAAUUAUAGAUUAAAUAUUUUACCUCAAUACAAUCAAGAACAAGGUAAGGGUGUCAACAAAAGAUUUUAAGCAACAACCACUGAGGAAUUUGCAUAAGCAUAGAGUAAAUACUAAAGUAGCUUACACGCUGAAGAAAAUUUCUAUGAAUAUUUACGUGUAAAAACUUCAAUAUUGAUGUUAUUGUAUUUUUCUUGGAUUCAUAUUACAGAAUUACUUCACACCUUACCAAAACAAAUUUCAAAUCCAUCAAAAUUUAAAGAAUUGUAAAUUUAGAGAAUAGUUUUACGUGUAAAAACUUCAAUAUUGAUGUUAUUGUAUUUUUCUUGGAUUCAUAUUACAGAAUUAUUUCACACCUUACCAGAACAAAUUUCAAAUCCAUCAAAAUUUAAAGAAUU